GGUUCUUUUUUGAUCGAUUGGGAUUUGUGCCCGCAUGCCAAAUAAAACUUCGCAAACAUAACUUCAAAAAUAAAGUUUUCUCUAUAAUCCAAGUUAAAAUGUUACGACCGUUGCAACUCGUUCGUAGUUUAUUACUACAUCCACCGUUUCUACAGAAAGCAGCUUGCGUUCCGUCGAACACUAACCAGAUUAUAGCAUCAAUUUCUUCAAUAAACCGGUAUUACACCAAUGUCCCGAAUUGUCAGCGAGCUCCCAUUGAUUCACCUCCGGUAAUUGAUGUCGUCAAAAGGCGAAAGGUUCUUGAACUAGAAAUGGACGUCAUGCGACAGGAAGGAAGAAAAGUACCGACACCAUGUCAGAUAAAAGAAGCUCACUGGGAACAUUUAUUGCAGCUAAAUUCUCGCAAUCAGCGUCGGCAGUAUUAUCUUUUUCUGUGGAACAUUGAAAUGGCCAAAGAAAAUCAACAGCUAAGAAAAGAACGCAAGAAACAGGCGGUAGCCAAGCGGAAAGAGGAAUUAGAUUUGGCUAAUGCAAACAAUAAUCACAUUAUUUACGGGUUGUUCCAUAAUACAAUGUUUCUAAGGAUUUAUGACUCUACCAUGGAUCAUUUCCACAAUAACAAGUUGAUUCAAGCAAUGCAAUUCGGCCAAAACCUAAUUUUUGAUUGUUCCUACGAUGAAUACAUGAACGACAAAGAAAUGCGAAAUACAGCAAAGCAAUUAAUGCUCUGCUUUGCGAUUAAUAGAAUGCACAACGAGCCGUUUAACAUUCAUCACUGUAAUGCCGAUUUUAGUCGUACCACAAUGAAAGCGUUGGAAAAACAUUUGGUUCAAAUUCGCGAGCCUUCGUUUCCGUUCAAUGUUAGUGAGCGAUGCUAUACAGAACUGUUUCCCAAGGAGCGUUUAGUUUAUUUAACACCACACUGCAGAACCGAUCUGAAAGAGUUCAGUCCAGACGAUGUGUACAUCGUAGGGGCUAUGGUUGACAAGUCCUCUCAAGAGCCAGUUUCCUUGGGCAAGGCGAAGAAGUUAGGGUUACGAAUGGCUCGUUUACCAUUGGAUGACCAUUUUCAAUUUAAAGGAGGUAAAUCACUUACGAUUGAUCAAAUGUUGCAAAUUUUACUGGAACUUAAAACUUCAAAUAAUUUUGAAAAAGCAUUUGAUUAUGUUCCCAAGCGAAAGAUUGUACCGCUGGAUGAGGAACGAAAACAGAUGCAGCAGAAGGUGAAAGAGCGAAACCAACUUGAUAAAUUUAAGUUUAGUAUGGGGAAAUUCUCUGGACAAAAAUUUAGAAAAAGAUAAUGUUAAUUUGAGUGCUUCUAUUUUAACAAUACGGCCAUAGAGUUUAAAACCAGCAGUACGUUAGUAUAGGUAAGAAAUAUACUCGAACUGAAAAACGAUUCGUUUGAUUAAUUUCGCCUCCUUCGGGUUCGACUGAUACGCCACGCAUUUGGUUCCUCGUACUUGUUAUACAGUGGUUCUAGUCGUUGGUUCUUCUUGAAUUUGCUCAACUUCGUUGGGUCAGAAAAUCGGAAAAAGGCUGGUGCAAAUUCUACUAGCCAUUUCGGAUCGAUCGUAGUCACCUCCCGCAUGUACUCCUUGGUAGUUUGAACUAAUUCAUGAUAAACAACCCUAAAAUUUAAAACAACAAAAAUUGUUUUCAAUAACUGAGUUUUUGAAAUUUCAAACUGAAAUGUUUUCUAUACAUACCAUUCCGGUUGCCGAUUAAACAAUGCACUCGAAGGAUGAAUGUAUACAACCUGCGAGUCAACAAGGGUUCUGUAGCCUUCCUGUGGAUCUUUCUUGGCAGCAUUUCGAAAGAAGCCUGAACAAAUAGUCUUCUGAACACGUACUGUGUUCUUGCCUGCCGACACUACAUCUAGCU